GGCCCUGGGGAGAAGGGGGUCAUGUGACAAGGAGGCAAGAUGGCUGCCUUCCCGUGGCAUCCAAGGUCUAGAAAUUACACAUCAGAGUUUGACUCAUGCAGACUGGAGGCUGUACCUGUGGAAUUUGGGGACUACCAUCCACUGAAACCCAUUAUAGUUACUGAAUCCAAGACCAAGAAAAUGGGUCGGAAAGGAAGUACUUCCUCUACCUCCUCUUCUUCUUCCAGUUCAAUGGUAGACCCACUAAGCAGUGUGUUGGAUGGCACUGAUCCCUUGUCAUUGUUCGCAGCAACAGCAGAUCCAGUGACUACUGCAGCUAACACGGAUACUACAAGAAAGAAACGUGAUAAAGACGACAGCUUGGUUGUAGGAAGUGACUUUGAACCGUGGUCAAGCAAACGUGGUGAAAUCCUUGCUAGAUACACGACGACUGAAAAACUCUCCAUUAAUCUGUAUAUGAGUUCUGAAAAAGGAAAAGCUACAACGCCUGGCUCAGCAGUUUCUGAGAAGGUGCGAACAAGGCUAGAGGAGCUGGAUGACCUUGAAGAGGGUUCACAAAAAGAGCUGUUGAAUUUGACUCAGCAGGAUUACAUGAAUCGGAUUGAAGACCUAAAUCAGUCACUGAAGGAUGCCUGGGCCUCUGAUCAGAAAGUAAAAGCUCUAAAAAUAGUUAUCCAGUGUUCUAAACUUCUUUCGGACACAACAGUAAUCCAGUUUUAUCCAAGUAAAUUUGUUCUAAUUACAGAUAUACUUGAUACAUUUGGAAAACUAGUAUAUGAAAGAAUUUUAUCCAUGUGUCUGGAUAAUCGCGGCUCUUUACCAGAUAAUUUUACUCCAGAAAGUGUUAAUGAUACUGCCAAAGAAACCUGUUUAAACUGGUUCUUCAAGAUUGCUUCAAUCAGAGAGCUCAUUCCCAGAUUCUAUGUGGAAGCAGCAAUAUUGAAAUGCAACAAGUUUCUGUCCAAAACGGGAAUUUCAGAAUGUCUCCCGCGACUAACGGCUAUGAUUAGAGGAAUUGGAGAUCCACUGGUUGCAGUCUAUGCAAGAGCGUACCUGUGCAGGGUUGGGAUGGAAGUGGCUCCUCAUCUUAAAGAAAGCCUUAACAAGAAUUUUUUUGACUUCCUUCUAACAUUUAAGCAAAUGCAUGGAGAUACUGUUCAGAAUCAGCUGGUAGUGCAGUGUGUGGAGAUUCCAUUGUAUUUGACUCUCUACUCUCCUGCUAUAGAUUGGAUUUUACAGUGUAUUGCGUACCGUGCUCCCGAGAUUUUGCUUACCGAGAUGAUGGAGAGAUGCAAGAAACUGGGGAACAAUGCCUUGCUGUUGAAUUCAGUGAUGUCAGCAUUCAGAGCGGAGUUUAUUGCUGCAAGGUCUAUGGAUUUUAUUGGCAUGAUUAAAGAGUGCGAUGAAUCUGGAUUCCCCAAGCAUCUUCUCUUUCGCUCUUUGGGAUUAAACUUGGCCAUGGCUGAUCCUCCUGAAUGUGAUCGCCUUCAGAUAUUAAAUGAAGCCUGGAAGGUUAUCACAAAAUUGAAGAACCCACAGGAUUAUAUUAACUGUGCAGAAGUGUGGGUGGAGUAUACCUGCAGACACUUUACGAAGCGUGAGGUCAAUACUGUUUUGGCAGAUGUUAUCAAACACAUGACUCCAGAUCGUGCAUUCGAAGAUGCCUAUCCACAGCUUCACUCAAUUAUUCAGAAAAUUAUCACCUAUUUCCAUGACUUUUCUGUACUUUUUUCAGCGGAGAAAUUCUUACCAUUCCUGGAUAUGUUCCAGAAAGAAAGUGUGAGAGUGGAGGUUUGCAAGUGCAUUAUGGAAGCUUUUAUUAAACAUCAACAAGACGCUACUAAAGACCCUGUCAUACUCAAUGCUCUUCUACACGUGUGCAAGACCAUGCAUGAUUCUGUGAAUGCACUAACACUUGAAGAUGAAAAGAGAAUGUUAGCAUCUUUGAUAAAUGGAUUUAUAAAAAUGGUAUCAUUUGGCCGGGACUUUGAGCAGCAGCUGAGUUUUUAUGUUGAAGCUAGGUCAAUGUUUUGCAAUCUGGAGCCUGUUCUUGUCCAGCUGGUUCAUUCUGUGAACCAACUGGCAAUGGAAACGAGAAAAGUGAUGAAGGGAAAUCAUUCCAGAAAGACAGCUGCAUUUGUCAGGGCUUGUGUUGCCUUCUGCUUCAUUACAAUUCCAUCUCUGACUAGUAUCUUUGCACGUCUUAAUUUGUACCUGAACUCUGGACAGGUUGCCCUGGCAAAUCAGUGCCUUUCACAAGCUGAUGCUUUUUUCAAAGCUGCAGUGAGCCUUGUUCCUGAAGUGCCAAAGAUGAUCAAUAUAGAUGGGAAGAUGCGGCCCUCUGAACCAUUCCUCCUGGAAUUCUUCUGUAAUUUCUUUUCCACUUUAUUAAUUGUGCCUGACCAUCCAGAACAGGGAGUGUUGUUUCUGGUGCGAGGACUGCUCAAUGUGAUCCAGGAUUAUACAUGGGAGGAUAAUAGUGAUGACAAAGUUCGGAUUUACACCAAUGUUUUGCAUCUACUCUCUGCAAUGACUCAGGAGACCUAUAUCUACCACAUAGACAAAGUUGAUUCCAAUGACACCCUCUAUGGUGGAGACUCCAAGUUCCUGAUUGAAAUUAACAAGCUGUGUGAGGCGGUGAUCGCUCAGAUCCUGGACCAUCUGAAGACCCUUGGACAGGAGGAGACUCUGAAGCGCCAAAGCCAGCUGGCUCUCUACUUCUUUAAUAGUAUUUUAGCUCAUGGAGAUCUACGGAACAACAAACUAAACCAGCUUUCAGUCAAUCUCUGGAACCUGGCGCAGAAGCAUGGCUUUGCUGACACCAAGACCAUGGUGAAAACAUUGGAAUACAUCAAGAGGCAAAGCAAACAACCUGACAUGAGUCAUUUUACAGAGCUGGCACUAAGACUCCCUCUGCAGUCCAGGACCUGAUGAAUAUUACCCUUUCCAAAGUCAUCUUUAACGAAGGGCAUGUUGCCAAGUCCAUAAAAUAGAAGCUUUAUCCUGAGCUUUUAUUAGAGUUCAAUGUAUUUUCAUUUUUAAGUUUCACUUAAGAGUAUGACCGAUUGAUUUGGACAAGGUAAAGCUGUUCUAACAAAGUGCAAUAAUUUGAACUAAGUUUGGUUCCAAUGGUGUCAUUAAACAGAAUCUGAUUGAAA